AUGCCACCCACAACGACAUCAACAACCUCCAACCCAACCCCCAUCACCAACCCCCGCCGCCUCCUCAUCCUCACACCAACCACCCACUCCCAAUCCAUCGUCCCUCCCCUCCUCCACUCCCUAACAGGCACCCCAGUCACCACUCCCCCAACAGCACCAGGAUCCUCCUCGCCAACACCAACUCCGACCCUCUCCUCCGCCACAACCCUCGCCGCCUCCUCCACCACCUCCAUCGCAUCCAGCACCACUAUCACCACCUUCGCCGGCUACACCACGCACCCGCCCCUCCACCUCUCAAACAAAUACUACACAGCCGACGUCCCGAUCUGGGUCGACGAGAUCCCUCUCCCAACCCCCGAUUCCUCUGAACCGACCCCCUCAGUGUCCGGGAGUACCAUCUCCCCCGCGCAAUGGAAGUCCGAGUUCUCCAGCCCCGAAGCGCAAGUCGUCCGGGAUGCGAUCGGCGCCGUGAUGAUCUGUUUCCGGAAUCCGGUGCAGAUGGAUCCGGUACCUGGACAGGAGCAGCAGGAUGUGGAAGACAGGGCUGAUGUGCGCGGGCUGAAGGAGUUUGUCAAGGCUGUUGGGGAGGUGAGGGCUUUGAUUGAAGAGGAGAGGGGCGGGGUAGGGGAGGUGCCGGGGUUGGUUGUUUUGGUGGGGGAGAAGAAGACGGGGUCUGGGAAAGUGGGUUCUGGGGAUGGUGAGGAGGAUGAGGAUGGGCUGGGAUUGGAGAUUGAUGAGGUGUUUUCGGAGGGGUGGUGGGAGGAUCAGAUUUGUGAGAUGGAGUUGAUGGGGAUGGAGGUGGUGAGGUGGGAUGGGAAGGAGGGAGAAGAGGAGGAGGGGAGGAAUCGGUACGGUGAAUUACAGGGCAUGCGCCGGAUUAAAGAGGUACUGGAGACGCAUGAUUGGGCUGCGACGGAGGAUGCAGAGACAGGGUUACUGCAUGAUGGGGUUGAUGAUGAUCUUGAGCGCGAGCUUUUGGGCUUGGAUGAUGCGGAUAAUGGGUUCGAUUUGGAGGUGGAUGAACUGCAGCGCGAGAUGGUCGGGUUGCGCAUGGCGAUUGAGCGGGGAGGAGGGGAUGGGUUUGACGAUGACGAUGAAGGGGACGAGGAGUUGCGCGUCGAUGCGGUCGAGGCGCUGUUGCUCCGGAUGAGAGCCAUCAAGGAUAUCAGCGACGAGUUGCCCGAAGCGGAGAGGAAACGGUUUGCAGCAAAGGCCGUGCGUGAUAUCAUGAGGGAGAUGUAG